AAAAUCAGAUAGAUAAACAGAAAUACAAUGGCUUCGAUUGUGGGUGCGCCGCCAUCGGCUGUGGGCGAAGCCGUACAACCAUGGCAGAAGUUCGACUGGCCGGAAGAGAUCGAGCAACAUAUCUACAAGGACUGGGGCAUCUACUACUCCCGCCGUCGCAGGGAGAACAUUGCCAUGCACUACUUCAACAAGGCCCUCGUGUUGGAUCCCAAGGAUCACAUGACAAUGUACAAGCGCUGCCAGAGCAAGCGGAAGGCGGCCCAAACCCAGGGAGCCCUGCUGGACAGCAGGGAGGCUGCGAGAAUGGCCCGAGCCACGAGUGGAGAGAAAUCCUACAUCAACCUGGAAAUAUGCGAUGCCCAAUACGAGCUCAACCAUUUCGAGAACAGCCUGGCCGAGUUGCACAACAACGUUCGACAUUUCAAGGGGAACAAGACUAAGUGCUUCGAAAGGCGCUUGAUGAUGGUGGACGAGGUGAUCAACGAUUGCAUGGGCGAGGCGAUGACCGCCUUCUUCUCGAAACACCAAAAAACAGUAGAAAUUGUGCACGAUCUUAUGAAGGCCAACGAGAUAGUGGACAAACGUCCCUUGUGGAAGGUGCUGCGGGAGCAGGAGAAGUGCGAUGUUCUCAGCAUUCCCGAGGUGGAGGUUCUGUUGCUCUCCCCCCUGGAGAUUGCGCGCAGAAAGCGGGCCUUCAAUAUCUUCUAUCAGACGUACCUGGACGAGUCCUGGAUAGAUAUGGUGUUCAUGAAGAAGAUGAUCAACAACCCCGUGCUUCUGCUGUCCCAAUGCAAGGAGUCCUUCCACUUCCUGGACAAACUCACUGUCAAACAGUACGAUAUUGUGCGCACAUUUAUGAAAAUGCUGCAAUCGCGUAGCCCUUUGUAUUACGGGAACUACAUGAAGUACAGGAACAAGAAGCUGUCGGACAAGUACCGAGAGGCCUUCCUUUACCGCAUACAGUACCAGACAUACCGCACCAUGAACGCGGCUCUGAAGCGCGUUCGCGUACUGCGCAAAGCGAAGAAGAUCAAGGCCUUGACCAAGUUCGUGGAGGAGGUGAUGGGCGAAUACGUGGUGAAGAAGACGCACCGUGUGAUGUGCUGGAAGUUCGAGUUUCUUAACGAGAUGUACAACACCCUGGGACUGGCCCUGGCCGAACAGCUGAUGCCCCCGAAGAAGUUCAAUGCCGCCACAACGUCCCUCCUCAAGCUGCUGCAUUUGCCAACGGACAAGGUUAAGGAAUUUGUGUCAUUUGUCUUUGGGGAUCGCAACACACACCCGGAACCGGACGCCUACGAUCCCGCCGCCGCGAGGGCCAAGAAACUGCUGGCGCGCCUCGAGCACAGAAUGAUCUUUGCCAAAUACUCGAUCGAAAAGUGCUAUCUGCUGCACCAGAUAUCGCAAUGCCAUCUGGACCAGGGACGGCACUCCGAGUGCGCAUUCGUUGCCCGUAAGGGCAUGAAAGAGUCCGCGAACUGCAAUAGCCACCUCUGGAAGUUCCUCAAUGUGGUGCAGAUAGUCAAGGCCAAUGCCGUGGUGCACAAGCUGGAACAGACCAGAGACGCCCUGUCGGAUGCCCUGCCCAUCGCGCAGGCCCUGAAGUCGCAGGAGCUGGUGUCAUUUGUGGAGAUCUGCAUGGCGUGCAACCAGGAGGAGUUCGUCACGAAGAAGAACACUGUGACUCUCAGUCGUCGCCCAAGCAAGGCCGAUUCUAGUAAUCGUUCGAACAACAGUUUCAAAAUGGACUCGAAAGACCGCUAUUAGUUAUCAAGUUUUUAUUGCUUAUUUAUUUUUGCAAGAUCAUUUUAUAGGAGGGCCACCAACCCUUGUGGGUUUUAACUUACUUUCCGACAUUAAGGGCAAAUUUUAAAUCCACUAAACAAACAUCAGACAACGCAAAAAAGGAUCUGUAGAGCUCCGGCUGCGCUGAGUCCUACAAGAUCUACAAUUUGACAAAGAAAUGACAAUAAAUUGCUGGCACUGUUCUCUGCCGAAAAUCGUUAAACUGUUA